UUACAAGCGACUUCCCCGCGCGCUGUUUGGAGAAGUGUCGGCGCGGUAAAAAAAAAAAAAAAAAGAAGACUUAGAUUAGAAAUCGUUUAUUCUUCUCUCGGUCGUUGAGCCUGAAGGCCACCAGGGCAGGGAUGUUUUCUCCGCGUACCGGCCCGAGUUCGGCCCGGAGGCAGCAGACCAGAACACCAGCCAGGAGAGCGUCCAGCAGCCUGCUGCUCACCCCGCGACGGACGCCCCUGUCGGCGAGGCCAACGCCUGGUCGAGAGCAGAGCCACGGUGACUGCCUCAGUUAUGACGUGCAAACGUUUGGCUCAUCGCUGCCUGUCAAGGUGAUGGAGGCGCUGACCGUGGUCGACGCUGAGGAGCCCAUCUCGGUGAAGGUGAGCGAGAGUGGCUGGGCCUGGAUGGUUUGUGGUGACAGACUCAUCAUCUGGAAGAUCUGCCAGAGAGCUGUGGCCAAGCUGUGUGUGUGUAAGGAACUUCAGCUCCCAAACAGCCAGUACGAUUACACAGCCGACCUCGUGGCCGUGACAUCUGUUGCCCCGUUGGAGACUGCGGCGGUCCAGGCCAUUUCCGUCCUGGCCGUGGCGGCAGAGGGAACUGCUCGUUUGUGGCCCAGCUUGUCUCAGGAGGGAAAUUACACUGAGAUCGACCUGGACCUGGGAGACCUGUGCUCCUUUGUGGUGGCGGUCACUGGUGGCAGCUUCAUCGUGUCCUCGGUUAAAAGUCGCCUCUUGAGAGUCUGUGCCGAUGCUUCUGGAAGGCUGCAGUACCGAGCUCUGCAUCAGGGCCAUGGUGUGUUGUCUGGCAUCGGACGCCGAGUGUCCAGCCUCUUUGGGAUCCUUUCGCCGCCCGCCAACGACACACUCCACAGUGUGCUGUGGGUGGGCGAAGCAAGCUGCCUCUACACGCUGACCAGCUCCCAUCUGAGUAAAUGGGAAGUGGACGAGAGCUCAGAGCAGCAGACGGUCAGCUGGGAUGCCCAGAGAGCUCUGACUGAGAGCAUCACCGACGCCAUCUGGGGCUCAGAGAGCAACUAUGAGGCGAUACGUGAUGGAGUCAACGUGGCCUUUUUGGACGUGAAGCUUGGCCAGGCCGGAUUGGUGGUUCUAGCAGCCGCCUGGCACCCAUCAGACACCCCGCGCCUGGUCUACUUUUGCCUUGUCACUCUGCAGGAUGUCGGCGCUGCCAUCUCUAACCAGUUCACUGUGGAGGUCACCAAAUAUAACCCCGCCUUCCAGAGCGAGGCAGAGCUGCACGCCACACGACUCAUGUUGCCGGCUUCCCCUGGCCUCACCGCCUUCCUCUACAAUAAGGAGCUUGUCUUCGCCUGCUCGACAGGAAGCAGCAGGGGGGGGCUUCCUGACGAGAGGAUCCCUUUUAGCUCACCUGGUGACAGCGUGCGCGGGGGCGGCUGCUGCGCCAACCUCCCCAUCUUCUUCUCUCAGAACAGCGGCCUGGUGGCUGUGGUGGCCCGGGAGAGUGCCUCCAUCCUGCCGGAGACUGUGGAGGACUCUCUGUGCUCGUCUCUGGCAGCGGCACCGGAGUUGUCCAUGAUGGAGCAGCACAGCCGAGCUGAACCUGUAGCUCAGGAGGACAAACCAAAGCUCUUGAAGGCAGCCUUUCUGCAGUUCUGCCGCAACGACCUUCUGGGUGCUCAGACAGUCACAGACGAGCUUUUCCCAGCUGUCAGCGAUGCGGUGGAGGGAGGCGAGCUGGAUGCCAUGGUGACUCAAAUCAACCUGGACCUGCUGGACGACUACCCAGCCUCCGAUCCCCGCUGGGCCGAGUCUGUACCUGAUGAGAGCGCUGGCUUCCCGCUGACGUCCCUCAUCAUCCUCCACCAGCUGGAGGACAAGAUGAAGGCCCACAGUUGCUUCAUGGACUUCCUGCUGCAGGUGGGUCUACUGGACCAACUGGGCCAGGUGACGGUGCGCUCGUCUCCCAUGGCGACGCGGCUGCUGCUAUGUGAACACGCUGAGAAGCUGCAGGCAGCCAUGGUUCUGAAGAACCACCACACCAAACAUGGGGAGGUGGUGAACCGGGCCAUCGGGACCGCACUGCACAGGAACAAUGCCACCGUGGCGCCCAGCCUCACCGUGGCGGAUGUCUUCUUCAGGGAGGUGUCACAAAUCUCCUCCAUCUUUGAUUGUCUGCUGGAAGAGGAGGAAAGGAGCAUCAGGGAGAACCCAGUUGACUCUGUGCAGUGGGCUGAGGUGGUUCUCACCGUCAACAAAAUCGUAAAGGACAUGCUUCAUGCUGCUCUGCAGUACCGAGAGACCAAAGCGUCUGUGUACAGAGCUUCUGAGAAUGCUGCUGCAGAACCAGAGUACAUCCCGUGGACAGCGCUGGGCGGUGUGGGCGGCGUCCGCACGUUUAUCUCACGGCAACAUGAGCUCAUCCUGCGCUCCAUUUAUCCGCACGCCGACUCGGAGCUGCGCAGCGUCCUAUGCGAGCAGCUGGUGGCCCUGUUGGACUUCUACCUGGGGGGUUAUGUGGCCCAGCUGAACUCUCUGCAGCAGCAGGCGCCCUCGGGAGGCCAACAGGAGCGCUACAACAGCCUGGAACUGGAGUACAGCCAGCGCCGCGCCGAGCUUCUGGCGCCGCUCCUGGAGCUGGGUCAGUACCAGUGGGUGGCAGCGCUGGCUGAGAAGUACUGUGACUUUGACAUCCUGGUCCAAAUGUGUGAGCUUACCGACAACCAGAGCCGCCUGCAGCACUACAUGAGCAAGUUUGCACACCAGAACUUUGCAGACUUCCUGUUUCGCUGGUACAUGGAGAAAGGGAAGAGGGGGAAGCUUCUGUCCCAGCCGGCCGCUCAGCACCAACAGCUGGCCGGCUUCCUGCAGGCCCACCAACACCUCAGCUGGCUGCACGACAUUCACGUGCACGACUACCAGAGUGCCCACAGGACUCUGUCCAAGCAGGCCAACACGGAGACGCGUUACUUCGCCAAGAAAAAGACUCUGCUGGCUCUCAGCAAGUUGGCGGCACUGGCGUCCAACCUUCCGGACGACGAGCUGGGAAAACAAGUUGAAGAUGUGGUGGAGCAGGAGCGCUUCCUGCUCCACCAAGAGACGCUACCCAGGCAGCUUCUGGAAGACAAGCAGCAGAACCCUGACACCAUGCCCCUCCUUAGCGCCUACAACCUGGUCCAGCUUUACAUCUGUGAUGAUAACCGGAGGGCCAAUGAGUACGACUUCAAGAAGGCUUUAGAUCUCCUGGAAUACAUCGACCAGGAAGAUGGCAUCGACAUCGACUCGCUCAAGUGUGACAUCUUUGGAAAGGUUCUCAGGAGGGACGACUGGUCCUCCUCUGAUGGCAACGAUGACCCUCUGGAAGCCGCCAAGGACAGCAUCUUUGUCAAGAUCCUGCUCAAACUCAUAGAAGAAGGUGUUCCUCUGCAGACGUACCUGCCGGACGUCAAGGACCUGCUGGAACUGGACGAGCUGAGCAGUUUCAAGUCCAAACCUUACUUUGAAUUUGUGCUGAGAGCAAAUUACGAACAUUAUCUGCAAGCGCAGAUGUGAGCGCCCCCUGGUGACCGUGUCCUGUAAAGUACACUAGUUGUGUUUCACAAGUUUUUCCAAAUAAACGUUUAUAU